AUGAGUGGUGAAUCAAUUUUAUUUAUCUUUUCAGUCAUUAUAAAUGCAAUCAAUUUAUUUUUCCAAGUUUAUUUUACAAUUAUGUAUUCAGACUUAGAAUGUGAUUAUAUUAAUCCAGUUGAAUUAUGUAACAAGUUGAAUAUUUUCAUUAUUCCAGAAGCUUCAAUUCAUGGAUUUUUAACAUUAUUAUUUUUAAUUAAUGGAUAUUGGUUUACAUUUUUAGUUAAUUUACCAUUAUUUGCAUUUAAUGUUAAUAAAAUUUUGAAUAAAAAUUAUUUAUUAGAUGCCACUGAAAUUUUCAGAACUUUGUCAAAGCAUAAAAGGGAAAGUUUUAUUAAAUUAGGGUUUUAUUUGUUUUUGUUUUUCUUCUAUUUAUAUAGAAUGAUUGUUGCUUUGAUUUCUGAAGAUUAA